CUGCUGCUGCUGCUGCGGCUCGGGCGGCGGGGCCCUCGGGGAUGUGACGCCGUCGCGUCACCUUCGGACCUCGGACCGCGGGUCGCUGGGCGGCCGGCAGCCGGGCCUCGGCCGAGGAGGCAGCGGGACCCGCCACGGUAGAAGUAUUUGGUGGUUGCCUUCACUCAGCUCCUUUUACUUGGAUUCAGGUUCGGAAGUCCUUCGGUGACCUGUCACGGUGUCUAUGGCGAACAUCCAAACCUUUCACCAUUUCUGGGCCUUCCUGUGUAGUCCUGGCUGGCUUUGAACUCAAGGUGAUCUGCCUGCCUCAGCCUUCCGAGUGCUGAAAUUGCAUGCGUGUGCCAGCAUGCCCAUCUGUUCAACCUUCAGAGUUUUGCCAUUAGAAGAACCAAAGCCUGAACAGGCAAGGCUCACUAUGUGGUUCAGGCCGGCUUUGAACUCACUGAACUAUAAAAGCCCAGAUUGGUAUCAAACUCAUUUGAUCCUCCUGCCUCAGCCUCCCAAGUGCUGGAAUUACAUGCAUGUGCCACCAUGCCUGGCAUUUGGCCAGAUUUAAAAGUCUUAACGAAUUAAAAACAGUGUUAUAAAAAUAUGCCAAGAAAAGUGACCCAAGGUUCUGACAAAUUUUAAGAACAAAUGCACCUUGUAGCUCAUGGAAGAAAAAACACAGAUCAAAACAUUUUUGGGUUCCAAGUUGCCGAAGUAUGGAGCAAACCCUGUGAGAAGUACACUGCAGCCAGCGCCCAGUGGGCCAGCUGCUAGUCUGCUGGGCACGUCUAAGGGCGGUCAUGUGGGCAGUUACGUCAGAAACCAUGGGUCUGAGUGCGCACUGGCCCAUUCAUUCCACUGGAGCAAAGCAAGUAAAUGCCAGCUUAGUGCUCAGAGUGCUGAAGGACCUGGUCAUCCUCGAAGUUUACAUGGUAAAUCAAUCGGUCCUGAAAAGCAUGCUCCCAUUCCAGGAAGGUUUGAUAAAAAUGGAGUAAGAGGAGGCUUGCAAAGUGCUUGUUUAUUCACAUCAAAGAUAGCAAAGCCAUCUACCAUGUUCGUGCCAUCCACAGAAGAACUAAACCCAAAGUCUUUUUCUGGACCCUCUAGCUUGGGUACCUUCCCCAAGGGCCCCUUACUGGGAAGGACUCCGUUCUCUUCAGCCGGCGGUCCGAGGGCACCGCUUGGUGGGUUUUAUGGCAGCCCGUCCGCCAGCAGCAUGCAGAGGCCUCGGGCAAACCCCUGUGCCGCCAGAAGCAGCUCUGGAGAGAGUCUGGCGCAGUCGCCAGACAGCGGUAAGCCCACGCCCUGUGAGAGGAUGGUGAGGUCCCAGAGUUUCUCACAUUCCGCGGAGAGUUCAUUCCUGCCCCCCUCGUCCAUAAGCAGGUCACAUUCCUUCAACAGGGCUGCGGACCUCACGCAGCCCUACCCGGGCCAGCAGCGGCCCGUGCGCGUGCCUCUGCGGUCAGGCAUGCUGGCCAGAGGCUCCCGGCAGCCGGAAGCGCUCAACAGGAACGAGCCCGGGGGCUUCGGCUUCGGGCGGCCCUAUGCUGCUCCGGGGGGGAAGAAGCUGGCUCUGCCAAACGGCUCCGGCCUGACGUCCUCCUUGGGCUACCGGAUGGUUCACCCCUCCCUCCUGAAAGCUAGCCGACCUCCAUUUGCGGGGACUCUCACCGUGGAUGGUAAUAAAAAUUUGCCCGCUGACGUGUGUGUGGAGGAAGAGACUGCAGAGCUGACCACGGGCAGCACCGCCGAGAAGGACCAAGAGCUCAUUGAGAAUGAAAGUUACAGAACAGAGAGCCAGCAGACCGUGAAGCUUGAUGCUAAGAUUAGGUACCUGAGUGAUGAUGUGGAUGAUAUUUCGUUGUCUUCUUUGUCUUCUUCUGAUAAGAAUGACUUAAGUGAAGACUUUAGUGAUGAUUUUAUAGACAUAGAAGAUUCCAACAGAACUAGAAUAACUCCAGAGGAAAUUUCUCUCAAAGAAGAGAAGCACGAAAGUGAGCCAUCAAAGGAUACCUUUGAUUCUCCUAAGGAAAAUGCAAAGGACUUCAGUAAAGCCGAGGAAUGGCUAGAUCUAAGUGUAUCUGACAGGAGUGAAUGUGCAAAACACACCUGUGGGAAUAACUUAAUAUCUCCGGAUACGGAUUACAGAGCUGGCUCUUCAUUCGAGCUCUCUCCGUCCGACAGCUCUGACGGGACGUACAUGUGGGAUGAAGAGGGCCUGGAGCCCAUUGGCAACGUCCACCCCGUUGGGAGCUAUGAGUCUUCUGAAAUGAACAGCAUAGAUAUUCUGAAUAAUCUUGAAUCAUGUGACCUUGAGGAUGAUGAUCUUAUGCUUGAUGUGGAUCUGCCAGAGGAUGCACCUCUUGACAAUGUGGACUGUGACAAUAUGAACCGCUUCGACCGGCCAGACAGAAAUGUGCGGCAGUCGCAGGAAGGGUUUUGGAAAAGGCCUCCGCAGAGGUGGAGCGGACAGGAACGUUACCACCUCAGCCAUGCCGACCACUACCAUCACCACGGGAAGAGUGACCUGAGCAGAGGCUCUCCUUACAGAGAAGCACCUUUGGGUCAUUUUGAAAGCUAUGGAGGAACCCCCUUUUUCCAGGCGCAGAAGGUGUUCGUAGACGUCCCAGAAAGCACAGUGAUGCUGGACGAGAUGACCCUGCGGCACAUGGUCCAGGACUGCACCGCCGUGAAGACGCAGCUGCUCAAGCUGAAGCGGCUGCUGCACCAGCAUGAUGGAAGUGGGUCAGUGCACGACGUCCAGCUGUCCUUGCCCUCCAGUCCGGAACCAGAAGAAGCUGACGAGGCAUACAAGACCGAAGAUUUAUUAAAUGAAAUAAAACAGCUUAAAGAUGAAAUAAAGAAAAAAGAUGAAAAAAUUCAACUAUUAGAACAUCAACUUGCAACCCGGUGUAACUGCCACCAAAAGUCAAAAGAGGAAAAAUGCACAUACGCUGAUAAAUACACCCAAACACCCUGGAGAAGGAUCCCUCCUCAAGUACUACAGCCUUCCAGCAGCCUUCCCAGACCCACAGACCACGCCCAGGGAAAACUAACAAAGCUGCCACACACAGAGGCCCGCAGUGAGGGCGCGGCCCAGGGCCCGUGUCAGGACAGUGCGCAGCCCGAUGGAAGCUGCUCCCGCGGCUCGCAGCAGGAAGACAGCCGCGGCUCGAAGGACCGGCCUUGCCCCGCCAGCCUGCAGCUCACGGUGGACACAGCACAGAGUACACCUUGUGGCGCGACCUCGGACAGGGCCAUGCACACUCCAGAGCCUCCCCACUUGGAAAGGAAUCAGAGCACUGGCGCACAGCUUGUGCUGUCUUCUCACCGAACAGCUGCCCAGUCAAGCGCAGGGGACCAAGCUCCGGGGGCUGGAAGAGACCCGUCUCUGUGGGUGGGCUGCCCGUCACAACCCAGGUCCGUGCAGCUGUCCAGGCCAUCCCUCUUGAGCUCUGUAGCACUUCCUCCACACACCGCAUCCUCUCCAAGUAAGACUUCCACUUCUGAGAAGUCUCUCAUAGUCACACCAUGCAGUUCACCAAGACCUCGGCCACUAUCUGGCCAAGCAAGCCUGACCAAUCUGAGUUUGAAAGCAUCUAAGCUCCGUCCCCCUUCCACCUCUUUCAAGCAAAAACAGAUAGGCAACCCCAGCCCUCGACUAGAGCCUCAGAACUUCCAGGCCAAGACAAGCAUCCCAAGGCCGCUAGCACGGCAGAAAGAAAUCAUGCAGACUCCAAAUGGCAAUUUGCAUUCUGGGGAUUGUUUGGCUUCUAAUCGAUAUUCUCGUCUUCCUAAACCAAAGAUAUAUUAAGUGCAUAGCCAGCACCUGCCAUUUGCUGUUCUUUGAAAGUCUGUUGUGUAAUAGCUUUAUGUGCGGUUUGCUACCAUGUUGGAGGUUCUGUUGAAAGCCUGCAAAUCUCAAAAUGAAGUCGGGGGAGUCUGCACUAGUUGGGCUUCUCCACGUCGUGUCCUGGCUGAAGUACACACCACGGGAGCACGCUUGUCUCAGGUAAACACAAGUCUGCUGACCAUCUCGGAGGCCCUCGCAGCUCCAGUCACACUGUCCGUCCCUGCGCAUUGUGAAGGUCGUGAUGUCCACUGAGCGGGCAAGAGCUGCUUCGCUGAUUCUUCCUCCUGUGGCCUGUGCCGCUGAGGUGUCAAGCUCACCCCAGGCACUGUCCCGGCAGUGCAGCUGCCAUCACCUGAAGAUGUGGUGGUGACAGAGGUGGUCACCUGCGAGCGAGCAGAGCUCUGGCCAGUGUCUGUGCAUUCUAACGGCUAUGCAGAAGCUUUGUGACAAAUAAAAGAGAUCAGGCUUUACUGGGAGCUCUGUGUACGUUUCAUUUUCCCCUGCUGGAAUCAGCAAGUUUUACUAGUUUGUUCAUUUCCAGAGGGAUUGCCCCGCUGAAAGUGUUCAGUAUUGUAUAUAAGCCGUUACACUUUGCUUUAACGUCUUGUUCCUCAUACACACAUUACUACUGUGCUUGUAUUGGUACUGGCAGUUGUGGAGAGCUCGUGGUACACCUCGAAACCCAUUCCUAAUGGGGAUCUGUCUGUAACGUGUGUUGGUGCUAGAGUUCUGCUGACAGUUCAGCUUCGAACCCUGUAGACCUACCCUACCCAUCAUAGCUGAUUUAAGGUUCCACAGCAUAUAUUUUAAAUUAAGUCUUUAUUAUAAUAUUUAUAUUUAUUGAUUCUGCUAAUAUCCGAAGACUGGAAUAAUGAACUUGAAAUAUUUGCACAAAACUUUGUUGGGAUACAAGUAUCCCACACAUAGAGACUUAAAGUUUAUUUUCUAUAGCAAAAUAAGUUAAAAUAUUUUGAAAAAUUAAAAUGUAAAGACUCUUGAAAAACAAUUCAUAACAGUUUUGCUUUUUUGAGUUUCCUAGAUUUCUCUUUUCAGUUGGUGCAUGUAUGAAUGACAGUCCCUUGAAAAGUAGAUUUGGGAAGGAAAAUAGGACGGUACAGGGAAAUUAUGUUUUAUUAGGAAAUAUUUUAAGAGAAAAACGCUCCUUUAUUUUAACGUGCUGCCCAGGUAGCUGUGGAACCUCCAAGCCAUCACGCACGCGCACCCAGUCACGAUUUGGGCCAGCUGUCAGGCGGUGGAGGAAAUCUGCCCUCUGUUCUCUUAGGUCACAUCAUCUUUAGGCUGGUUGUCCGAGGCUAACUGAAUUGGAAUUAGUCUUUUUAGACAAAAUAUCUUAAAAGAUCAGUUUAUGUUUUGAUUAAUCAAAUAUAUAUCAAAAGAAAUUCAGUCCAAAAAAAGCACUCGAAUUUCUAGGGAUUUCUUUAAGAAAUGUGCAUUCCUGAAGUUACCUGCUCUCUCUCAGCAGAAAAUAGCAAGUGCUUGAGUGGGGUUGGCAGAGCGGUGUGUGCUCCAUGUGGACGCAGGCUUCCUUCCCGGGGCCACCUGCCUGCAGCCCCAGGAACCUGGUCCUAGACUGGCUCCAGAUGGGCGGCAUGGCUCAGUGUGGUGUGCAGACUCCUGUGCUGCGCGGUCCAGCCCUGCUGGCAUAGAGUCGCAGUGCUCUGAGCCGAGCUCUGCCUGGGGACGGAGCCGGGCUAGGCGGGCACUGCUGGGAAGGUGGGGAUGCGGUCUCUGACUGUCAAGGAGACGGAAAGCUGACUUCAUGGCUGGCAGGUUGGGUACUGUCUGACUUCUGCAAAGCAAAUUGUGCUGGUGAAUUACUCAGUGGGCUUCUGGUUUGUUUAGAAGUUUGGUAUAGAGCCUUAUGAAAUAUCAUUUACAAGUUGGCCUUAUCCUUAGGGAAAACUUUUUACAUUUUUAUUUUUAACCCCCUAGUCUAAAAAAGUGUCUAUAUUGCCUGUAACAUAAAAGUAUUGACUCCAGUAUUUAUGCCUUUGUGCUGUUUUUGUUCUCUUUGGUGAACCUGCAGAAACAUUAGCUCAUGGAUGGUUCCACUUCUCUGUACCUCUGUUAGGCCCUGCUCUUGGCAGAAGACAGGGUCAUCAAUAUAAUUAUGAAGCGUAUUUAAGAGCAAAAAUAUCUAGACUGCUCAUACAAGUAACAAAGUUUUUUUUUUUUUUUUUUUUGCAGUUUUCUUCAAUAGCUGCAGUGUCAUGCUGGUUGCUUAGUCAGUGUAAGUCAGAAGUGGACAUGUGCAUCACCAGGCCCAGUCAUCAGAGCCUAGCCUCUUGGGCUGUCUGUCUGUCUGUCACUUCUGUAGAUCAGCUCUGGCCCAAGCCUCCCUCCUGCAAAAGCUGAGGUCACCGAUUCUCGUAGUUACCGUGGGGUCAGCAAAGACCUGGAGAUGUGUAAAUUCACAGUCCUGAGGAAGAAGUUGCCCUGGGUGGGUUUGUUUCACAUUUAGGAAAGGGGAAGUUGAGAGUAUGCAGAACCAUGGAUUUGGCUAUUAUAGGAGCACGUGUUUUUUCAAAGACAGCUUGGCCCGAAGGAGUUUAUACGUCUAGCUAAAGAGUAUGUUAAGGCAGUAAACAAAGGACUACAAAGUCACGUCAUUUAGAAUGUUUCUAAUACCUGCGACCAUCUAGCGUUUUUCUUUUGGAGUCUCAUUUUCACUUGUGCAAUAUUUCCAGGCAUCUAAGACUACUGUGCAUUGUAUUAUAUAGACAUUAGGGGACUUACAAAGUAUUUUAACAAGUAAAAUCUGGAUAUGAAAGAAUAUAUCAGAUUUGCACUUUAAAAGAGCUUAACUGCUUGGAGUUGUGCCUGAAAUGCCAAGACGCCUCCCCGGUGUGGCUUAGUGGAGUCUGGCCUUGUUGCUGUGUGAAGAAGCUAGCGGUGGAGCCCCUCCAAAUUCUGUCCCCAGCGUGGCCCUCUGCCAUUAAAAAACCACGUUGUCCUUAACCGUUCCGUUGUCCCUGAAGUCACUUACUCACGUUACACAGCGAAGAGAACGGCCCCCCAGGCCUCUUCCCAGCCUUGCUCUGUGGCUGCUCUCACAGCUGCGCCCCGGGGUGCACUGGGGCUGCCAGGGCUCAAGGCUCCGCUCCUGCUCCUUGGCGCCCCACCUCUCCUCACGCAGGGUCCUGUGGCCUGUUCCUUCAGGCUGCGCCGCUGCGUGCUUGUGCACACAUUGGAAAAUUAAUUAUAAGACACCUUAGGUUUCUCCUUGGGGAUGAUGGCCUUGCAACUUAAUUCUGAUGCUCGAAUUCUGUUUACUCAGUGUUUUUACAUGUUCUGUUCUGUUUUCUAUUGCAGCCAUUUGAGAAUACGUUUGUAUAAAUGAUUAUGGAGGUUGGCGCCAAUGUACAACUAGUUAUUAAAAAUACAUGUCUUGUUGGGGGGAAAGUUACCCACAUUCUCCUUGGUAAAGCAUUGCUAGAGCAAACCAAUGCCCUGAAAAUUUAUGGUCUCUUAAAUCACGACUAAACACAAAAGUAAUACCCACAGUAUUGUUUUCCACGUUGACUUUAAAAACUGGUUUAGAGUACAUACUGUACAUUAGAACUUGCUUGUAAAGUGAAGUGUAAAGACCAGAUGUAAAGUCUCUUUCAUGAAAAUCUUGGCAUAGUAGGUAAAAAUAAAGUUCGUAAUUACAAAA